UUUCUUGCUUGUCCAACGAAACAGAGUAGCACAAGAAGCAGAGUGCGGCUAGCUCACAGUCACCAUGGGGAUGCUGCGGUGGGGAGCUCACCUCCUCCUCCUCCUCCUCGCCGCGGCGACGUGGACGUGCGCCGGCGCCGGCGCCGGGGUGACGAGCGAGUACCGGCGGAAGCUGGAGGCGACGGUGGACAUGCCGCUCGACGCCGACGUCUUCCGCGUGCCGCCGGGCUACAAUGCUCCGCAGCAGGUGCACAUCACGCUGGGGGACCAGACGGGGACGGCGAUGACGGUGUCGUGGGUGACGGCGAACGAGCUGGGGAGCAACACGGUCAGGUACGGGAGCUCGCCGGAGAAGCUGGACCGCGCGGCGGAGGGGAGCCACACGAGGUACGACUACUUCAACUACACCUCCGGCUUCAUCCACCACUGCACCCUCACCGGCCUCACCCACGCCACCAAGUACUACUACGCCAUGGGCUUCGAUCACACCGUCCGUACCUUCUCCUUCACCACGCCGCCCAAGCCCGCUCCCGACGCCCCCUUCAAGUUCGGCCUCAUCGGUGACCUCGGGCAGACGUUCGACUCGAACAGCACGCUGGCGCACUACGAGGCCAACGGCGGCGACGCCGUCCUCUUCGUCGGCGACCUCUCCUACGCCGACAACUACCCUCUCCACGACAACAACCGCUGGGACACGUGGGCGCGCUUCGUCGAGCGCAGCGUCGCGUACCAGCCAUGGAUCUGGACCGCCGGCAACCACGAGCUGGACUACGCGCCGGAGCUGGGCGAGACGGUCCCCUUCAAGCCCUUCACCCACCGGUACCCGACGCCGUACCGCGCCGCCGGCAGCACGGAGCCGUUCUGGUACUCCGUCAAGAUCGCCUCCGCGCACGUCAUCGUGCUGGCCUCCUACUCCGCCUACGGCAAGUACACGCCGCAGUGGACAUGGCUGCAGGAGGAGCUCGCCACCCGCGUCGACCGCAAGCUCACCCCGUGGCUCAUCGUGCUCAUGCACUCGCCGUGGUACAACAGCAACAACUACCACUACAUGGAGGGGGAGACGAUGCGCGUCCAGUUCGAGCGGUGGCUCGUCGACGCCAAGGUGGACGUGGUGCUCGCCGGCCACGUCCACUCGUACGAGCGCAGCCGGAGGUUCGCGAACAUCGACUACAACAUCGUGAACGGCAAGGCGACGCCGGCGGCGAACGUGGACGCGCCGGUGUACAUCACGAUCGGCGACGGGGGGAACAUCGAGGGGAUCGCCAACAACUUCACGGUGCCGCAGCCGGCCUACUCGGCGUUCCGGGAGGCCAGCUUCGGCCACGCCACGCUGGAGAUCAAGAACCGGACGCACGCGCACUACGCGUGGCACCGCAACCACGACGGCGCCAAGGCCGUCGCCGACGCCGUCUGGCUCACCAACCGCUACUGGAUGCCCACCAACGACGAUGUAUAAUUAUUAAUCGACUCCAACCAUCUCAAACUUCUUAAUUUGUAUCACUGCUAUGCUAUUGCCAUUCUUCUUCUUCUUUAGCUUUGGAUAAUAAAUACUCCUACUAUGCAAUAACAAAUACUACUAGCAGAGUCUAUCUUGUUAAGCCGUGAGAUAAUUAAUCCCCAAAUGGGACACUUGCCAACACAUUUGGCUACCAAAUUGGAUAUAAUUAAAAAUGUUUAUAUUUUGGAGCAAAGAGAGUAGUACAAUCUAAAAGGGAGUCACAAAAGGAUUGGUUUCUUUGGAAUAUUUUUCAUGUGGCUUUGUUUGUAACAAAAGAGAUUGCAUCUAAAGUUCUCAAGGAAAGUUGAGAAUUUUUGUACUUCAAUGGAAAUAAACAGUGAGAUUAUCCAGAA